GGAGCGGCUGACGUAAGAAGGUGGGGGGAGGGUGGUGGCGUCAGCGUUGAUUGACAGCCGGGCCGAACAGCCCUCUCCCCUCUUGGGUGUGUUGUGACCGGCGGCGGAGGCCUCAAGAGGUGCCGAAAGUGUUACAAGGAUGAAAAGGAUGAAAGGAAACAGCUCCCUUUCUGAGGAUGUUCAAUUUACUUUUACACCACUGGUGAUACUAGAGCUUGCCAAAGAUACCCAUAAAGAGACAAUAGAAUGGCUUGUUCAAAAAAUCAUAGACAGAAAGCACUUGGGCGGAGCCCAUUUGAGUAUUAAACCCUUGGAGGACCAGGAUGGAGACUCCCAAAUAUAUCUUAUUGGAGCAUCUUGGAGAAGGCUACUGCUGGGAGCUGAAAGCUUGGGUUUCAUUAAGGAGUAUCAGGAUGGAUCAAUGAGAAUCUUUACCUACCACAACAGGGAAGACUACAAACAUUUUACAGAUGACGACAGCGAUUUUCUGACGAUGGCAGAAAAGCAGUACAUCAUCAAGCGUGAAUUAGAAAAUCUGAGGGCAGUAAAUGAGACCAUGGUCCCUGGUCAUCCACAAGCCAAACUCUAUCCUGGGAAAUCAAUCAUUCGCCGUUUGCAAACAAGUGGACUUCUAAUUCAACUCUAUCCACUACAUGACCCAGCAGAACUGAAAAAGCUCAGCUUCAUCUGGUAUCGGCGAGUAAGGUUUUCCUUUCAGCCUCUUGAUGAGAUCCAGAAAUACUUUGGACAGAGUAUUGCACUCUAUUUUGCUUUUUUGGAAUAUUUCACCUUUGCCUUGUUUCCCAUGGCUGUAAUUGGCGUGCCUUACUAUAUAUUUGCAUGGGAAGAUUAUGACAAGUACAUCGUAUUUGCCACUUUCAACCUCGUGUGGUCGACCAUUGUCCUGGAAGUCUGGAAGCGUUGUUGUGCCAAACAUUCCUAUAAGUGGGGGACACUGACAAUGAAGAGGGAGUUUGAAGAACCUCGGCCUGGUUUUCAUGGAACGUUGGGAGUGAAUCCAGCAACUGGCAGAAAAGAGCCCACGUAUCCUUCUUACAAGAGGCAGCUCCGCAUCUAUCUGGUUUCAGUGCCCUUUGUCUGCUUCAGCCUCUACAUAUGCCUUAUUGUUAUGAUGAUCUACUUUCAGAUGGAGGAACAGGCCUUAGCCUAUGAUGAAAUGGCUCAGUCAAUGUUCAGCUCCGUCUUGCUGUUUGCACCCAGUGUCAUUUAUGCUUUAGUUAUUGAAAUUAUGAACCGUAUCUACAGAUAUGCUGCUGAAUUUUUAACUAAAUGGGAAAACCACAGGCUUGAAUCGACUUAUCAGAAUCAUUUAGUUCUGAAAGUUUUGGUGUUCAAUUUCAUAAACUGCUUUGCAUCCCUCUUCUAUAUCGCAUUCAUUAUUCAGGAUAUGAAGCUUCUGAGACAGAAUCUGGCUGCCUUACUCAUCACCUCACAAAUAAUCAACCAGUUUGUGGAAUCCUGGCUUCCUUACUGGCUUCAAAAUCAUCGUAAAAAGAUUAUCAAGCAGAAGCUUAGUACAUUGAGUAAAGAGAAAGAACUUCCCUUAAGUGAUCAAAUCAAGCUGGAAGGAAACAUGGGCGCAUAUUUGGGAACCUUUGAUGAUUACUUGGAACUGUUUCAGCAGUUUGGCUAUGUCAGUCUUUUCUCAUGUGUUUACCCUCUGGCGGCUAUAUUGGCAAUUUUGAACAACAUCACAGAAGUAUUCUCCGAUGCUCUGAAAAUGUGUCGUGUCUUCAAACGGCCGUUCUCCCAGCCUGCAGCGGACAUGGGAGUCUGGCUGCUGGCCUUAGAAACAAUGGGAGUUAUUUCAGUGAUGACCAACUGUGCACUGAUUGGGAUAUCGCCCCAAGUGAAGGGAAUGUUUCAGGAAAACAGUAUCGAACUUGUCCUGUUAAUUGUGGGUGUAGAGCACAUCCUGUUAGGUCUGAAAUUUAUCCUAGCCUUUGCCAUCUCAGAUAUACCAAGUGAUAUUCGUAAUCAAAUAGCCAAGCUGGAGUUCGAGUCGUUGGAGGCUCUGAAACAUAAGCAAAUUAAGGAAGCUGACGAGUCACUGACAAAGGAACAGCAACAUGCUGAAACGAAGACUGAAGAAAGCAAAGCAAAGAAAACUUUGUGAAAAGUGACACAUUACUGGCCUUUAUCGGAUUAAGCCAUAUACCAAGUUGUAUAAUAGACAAAUAGUGGGUGCGAAAAAUAUGCAUUGCAUGAAAACUCUCCACAGCAAUGCUGCUAAAUAUAUUCCACUUUUGUAAAUGUAUCCAUUAAUCCUUUUGCAUGAUAUCUUUGCAUGGUUUAUGUAUCAAACGAGGAUGAUUAUUGCUGCUGAAUAAGGCAUCAACCAGGUAUGUGGAUGGUGAAUGAUGAUGAUGAUAAUGAUGAGAGAGAUUUAUUCUAGUAGGUGAACAUUUUAAGCUGCAACUUCCAAAUGAGCAACAUUUCAACCAGGUAGCUAGAAAUGUUCAGUCACUGUGCAGUGGGGUGAAUGCUCAGGACCUAAUAUGGGGUAAAAUAAUUCCACUGGUCUUUGUCUUGAAUUUUGUAAAAUAUGGAAUGUUUGUGUUUAAAAAAAAUUCCUUGUAUAAAUCACAAUAAAUGAGAUUGCACUCCUUGA